CACCAAGACAGCACUUCCUACUGCAGCAAAAGGCUGUGCGUGUCAGGGAUUGCUCUAGAAUUGAACUUACCUAACUCUGCAGUCAGCUCCAUUAAAAUGCUGAGAAAAGGAAGCUCCUUGGAGGACUCCGUUUUUCAUUCUGAAAGUCAGAACAGCUUCCGAAAAUCAAGUAAUGACACCCCAGCCAGUCCUACGGAGAGUGUUGGAUCAGUAUUUAUAAGUUCAGAUGGAGAAAAUGGAACUGAUGAAAAAAGAAAGGCUGGAAAAUCACCCACUGUGUCACUGCAGACCCCUACCAGUGAAAUGGAGUAUUUUGAUGACCGGAAAAAAGUUGAUGUUGCUAGAACCAAGAGCAGCACAGAUAGUCCAGUCCUGACAAUCAAGAGUGAUUCCAAGAUUGAGAGGAAAAAACGUGCCUCAAAUCAGCUGAAGGCAAACGCACACUUUCAUAAGCUGUUUCUAGAUGUUCCCAUUGAUGAGCCACUGAAACAAAGCUUUACCUGUGCUCUGCAGAAGGAAAUUUUGUACCAAGGAAAGUUAUUCCUUUCUGAAAACUGGAUUUGCUUCCAUUCCAAGGUUUUUGGUAAAGACACUAAGAUUAGUAUACCUGUGCUGUCAGUGACACUUCUGAAGAAAACCAAAACUGCCCUUCUUGUGCCAAAUGCUCUGAUCAUAGCAACAGUGACAGACAGGUACAUGUUUGUCUCAUUACUCUCCAGAGAUACCACCUACAAGCUACUAAAAUCUAUCUGUAGACAUCUUGACGAUACAAGCAUGGGCAACAGUCCAAAUCCCUCUUCUGCAGAAAACAGCUUCAGGGCUGAUCGCCCUAGAACUCUGCCCCUGGAUUUCAAUGAGGAUUAUUCUGAUCUGGAUGGAAUAGUGCAGCAGCGAAGACAAGAGAUGGAAGAGUCCAGCAGCACAGGCUCACAGACACCAGAGAUGGAAUGCUUCCAAGAUUAUCACGUUGUUGAAACAGAGACUCACUUGAAAGUUUCCAAACCUGAGGCCAAGUCUGUUCGUUCAGAUGCACAUAGUAAACGUGGGCCUGAUGGAAAAGCCCGAAACAGUCCUCGAAAUGGCCAUUCUGAAGCCUUCAGGUUCCUCCACAGAGUGAAGUCUCAGAAGCUCUUAUCUCUGAACCAUGUACUCGUAUUUUAUGCAAUUCUUGUUUGUGUUUUAAUACUUUCUACCUUCUACAUGAGAUAUAAAAUCAGUGUCCUGGAGGAACGCCUUAUGUCCAUGACAGCCUUUGAUUCACAUAUUAAGGAACAUCAAGUGCACCAAGAUUUGGGAUCUCACCUGCAAAUUAAUGCUGAUGCUGUUUGUGAUGAGUUAACUGCUAAUCUCAGAAAAUUGGAAAAGAUACGGAACAACUUACAAAAACUACUUGAAGAUGGUGAAUGAAACAUCAAUGUUCUUGAACUGCUUCAGACCUCGUUCUUCUGUCUUGACAAACCGUUCCAAAGGAGCUCUGCUGGCCAGAGUUCAAGCUUCUUUAUUUUCAGUCCAAGCCAAGUCUUCAUGUCAUCAUGCGAAAAAGUCAGUUGAUUCUUCAGCAUGUAUCUAUAUAUUUUGAAAACAUAUAUGGUUUGAUCUACAUGUAUCUAUGUUUUAAAAAUAUGGGGAUUUUUCUUUCUCUAUUGUGUGUGAAUUAAUGGAUUUUAUAGCUUGCUUGAUGUUAGAGUUGCUUACACCAGUGCAAACCUGGUGCCUAUCCUUUUACCUCAACAUUUACUUUAUGCCUAUUGUCAUACAUGUAUAAAUGUGAAGAAUGUCAGUCAUGAUUCAUGUACUGAAGUGUUGUGUGAAUGAGCAGGUAUCUGUUUCAGCUAUGAUUAUGGAUUGGUGCUGUGCUCUUAAUUUUUACUUACUUCUCUGCACCCUAACAUCCCAAAGUUCAGAAAACAGACACCUCUGUGAUUGGAUGUGCAAAGUCAUGAGUGUUUGAAGUCUCCAGUGCUGUAAAAAGUUCUCCAGUGCUGUAAAAAGGCUCAAUUCCACUUUCUGUGGCACUGUAUCACUACUGAGGGUAAGGUCUGUUUCUGCUGGGCAUUCAGGUUCCAUUAAAGUCAAGCCUGAAAUCUGUAUGGACUUGCCAAUUUACAAUCAAGUUGAUUAUGAUUAGCAAUAUGGGUGUGACACACCUGCACAACUUAGCAAAACUGCUCAUUUUCUGUCCACUCAUAUGGUCUCUGUCCUUUAAGUUAAUCAGUGUGAAGAUCCUCAGUCAGCUUUCCUUGGAGUUCUAUGGGGUUUUGAUUGGCUGAGCAAGUGCAAUUUGUAGUCCAGUAAAUGAAAAUCUAGUUUUGGUAUGUGACUCCAGGGACCAGAUAUUUCCACAUGAUGAGAACUGGCAAAUUAAUGGUGCAGCAAUACAAACAAUCAGUAGAGUGAAUGAAAAAGUGGAUGCCUGCUUUGUUAUAUCACAUACUGUUUUUUUUCUAGAGUGCCUAAGAUGGGGAUUUUUAGCUUUCUGAUUCACCAAGCAGGCUUAUUAGUUUUUAAAAAGCAAUAUUUAGGAUAACAACUACUAUCUGUGAAGUAACAGUAUUGUUUAUAAUAUGCUAUGCAUUUUAUAACCAUUUCUGUGAAAUGUAUCUACUUUGUUUAAAUAAACUUUUUUAAAACAAGUGA